AUGGUGGAGACAUUGGAAGCAGCUGACCUCUGUGUCCCUCCUCAGAACACCUCCUGUAGGUCGUUGUCUGUAACUCCCCAGGCUAUGCUAAUCGAAACACUGCUGUACUUCAUCUCUCUGCUCACUGUGCUGCUCAACUUAUUGGUCAUCAUCUCCAUCUCCCACUUCAGACAACUCCACACUCCCACCAAUGUCAUCCUCCUCUCCCUGGCUGUGUCUGACUUGAUUGUGGGUCUUGUAGUGAUGCCAGCUGCAAUUAACAGAUGGCCAUCAUGUUGGUUUAUGGGUAAAAUCAUAUGUGGUAUUGGAUACCUGAUUGCCUUCAUCAUCACCUCUGCCUCUUUUGGGAACAUGGUUCUCAUAUCGGUGGACCGUUAUGUGGCUAUUUGUGACCCUCUGCGCUAUUCUCCCAUGGUAACACUAAGCAGAGUUAAAGUUGGUGUGUCUCUGUGUUGGUUCUGCUCUGUUGUUUACAACGUCAUAAUACUGAAAGAUUACUUUUCACAAACAGAUUUGUCUAAUUCCUGCUAUCAAGAGUGUGCUGUUAUCAUAAGCUAUAUUUCAGGGGCAGUAGACAUGGUUCUGACUUUUUUCUGCCCUGUUACUGUGAUCAUAGUUCUUUAUACAAGAGUUUUUGUGGUGGCUGUGUCACAGGCACGUGUCAUGCGGUCUCAAAUUUCAACUGUCAAAUCAAAUACUGUGACUGUUAAGAAAUCUGAGAUGAGGGCUGCUCGAACUCUUGGUAUUACCAUUGUUGUGUUUGUACUUUGUCUCUGUCCAUAUUACAUUCCCUCUAUAACAGGACAGGACACGAUAGUUGGUGGUUCAUCAGCUCAAAAUUGGUUGUAUUACUGUAACUCCACUUUUAAUCCUCUGAUCUAUGCUUUUUUCUACCCCUGGUUUAGAAAAGCAGUUAAAGUUAUUGUCAGCCUUCAGAUACUGCAGCCAGGUUCCUGUAAGGCCAAGAUCAUGUAGAGAUGAGAAAUAUAUUGUAUAUAUACACUGACUUAUUUUUAUAAAGGUGAAAACACAAAGCAUCCAAAGACCUAAUUGGCUCAAUACAAAUCAGGAAAUUAUAAUGUAUUUUUGUGUCAGUCUUAUAAUUCUAAUUUUUGGAAAUUAGUUUUUCUUUAUAUUUGAGGUAUUUUCUAUUAUUUUUAUUUAUUUUUUUUGCUUGAUGUAUACCCCUGUGAGUGCUCUUAACCUUUAUGUAUGGUAGACUCAUUGCUAUCCAUUUUGUAUCUGGAUUUUUUACUUAAAUUACGACUACAACAAAGACCCUGUGUUCAAUUUAAAUCAAGAACAAAACAUUUAGGUGCCACAUUUUCACACACAGGAAGAAUUGCAGGCAUGUUCUAUAACAACUUUAUUGUAAGCCAAACAAGGUCUGUUGGCCAUAGCUUUGAUUUCUCUUAAAAGGGAAUUCCAAAUCAAACAUCUCACUGAUCGCUUUAGUUCUCUGGAUAAAAAACAAACCACAUGGAAUUAAAAAUUUGGCAUGUAACAUGAUUGCAUUUAUAUAUUAUCAUUGUUAUUAUUAUUAUUCAUAUUAUAGACACUGGUGUACGCAAUGAUUUGGAGUAUUUGAUUAAUUAAUUAGUUUUAAAAAGGGAAAAAUUAGGCUUAAAUACUUUGAUCAUUGAUUAAUCGGUUAAGUAUUUUUUCAUGCAAGAAUGCCAAAAAUGUGAUACUUCUCAAAUGUUUUGUUUAUCUGAAAAUAAACAGAAUCUCAUUGGAAUUUGGACUAUCUUUCACUUGUGUUUAAAAGCCCAAAUCAUUAAUCGAGGAAAUAAUUCAUAUUGAGCUUGGAUCAACCCCAACGUGUGCCCACAAGUUCUGCACAAAUCUUGGGUCUCAUGUUUGAUGAUGACCAACGUGGCCUUAAUUUCCGGAGCGGCUUGAUUUUCUUUAUACAACAUCACAAAGAUUAGACCCUUUGUGAACAUGCAACACAACAAUUGGUACAUGCCCUCGUGAUAUCACGUAAUUGAGCGAAAAAUUUGAAGAUUCAUCUGUAAUGAAAAUGAUAAUUAGUUGCAGACCUGAGGGGUGUUCCAUCAACGUAGAUUAAGGAAAAGC